AUGCAGAUCUCCAUCCAGACCGUCCUCGCAGCCGCGCUGCUCGCUCCCAGCGUUAGCUGUGCACCUUUCGACUGGAGCAACUGGGGCUCCUGGGGCCAGGACACAGGCGCUGCGGCCUCGACUCCGUCCGCCACGCCAACAUCGUCCGCUUCCGGUGUCGCCUCGACCUCCUCCUCGUCCUCAAACUCAUCCCUGUCCUCCGAUGCGCAAAAGGCACUCGACGCCCACAACGCGGCACGCAGCGACGUUGGCACCGCAGCACUUGUCUGGGAUGACACUUUGGCUUCCAACGCCCAGGAGUACGGCGAGACGCUGGUCUCUCAAUACGGCAGCGCAGGCACGCUCGAGCACUCUCAGAUCUCGGACCAGGGCGAGAACCUCUACUGGCAGGGCAGCAGUGGUGACGACAUUCCGAUGACCAACGCCGCAAACAUGUGGAUCGGCGAGAAGUCAGAGUACAACGGGGAGACAAUCACCGAGAGCAACUACAUGAACUUUGGUCACUACACUCAAGUCGUCUGGAAGGACACCUCCAAGGUGGGCAUCGCGGCAGUUUCUGACGGAGCAGGUGGUUUCUACGUCGUUGCUAGGUAUACUGAGCCAGGAAACAUGAUCGGCGAGGCGGCAUACUAA